AUGGGGCAGUUUGUGGAGCUGUUGUCUUGCAGCAAGAAGAGUAAACCAGAUAUACUUUCAUUGUUUCCUGCAGGUGUAGCAGCUGUGAUCCAAACCCAGCUGAAUGUCUUAGCAGCAGUGGGUGAAGAUCCUCCUCUGAGCUGUCAGCUCCUGGAAACUAAAGAUGUCCAGCAGGUCACCUGGCAGAAGGUCUUUGGGAGGAAAGAGAGGAAUAUCUGCUCCUACAGCGAGUAUUUUGGUCAAACAGUGAAUCCUGACUUUAAAGAUAAAGUCCAGUUUAUAGAAGCUGGACUGCAGAAUUCCUCCAUAGUUAUUAGGAAGGUUACAGAGAAGGAUGAAGGAUGUUAUCUCUGUUUGUUCAACAUCUACCCUGAUGGAGCUCUGGUAGGGAGAACCUGCCUGAAGGUUUAUGAGCUGCAUGAACCCAUCCUUGAUGUCAGCAGAUCAAAUGUUUCUGCAGAGUCAGUUGUGUCCUGUUCAGCCACAGGUCGACCUGCUCCCACUGUAACACUGACUGUUCUACAGCAGAACCUCAGCUUCUCCCACUACAACAGCAGCAGUGUGACCCACAGCAACGGUACAGUCACCGUCACCACCACAGCUCUGCUGUCAGCUUCCAGCAGCACACAGGUUGGAUGUUCAGUGUCAGUGCUCUCUGCUGCUCCCAGAGAGAAACUGAUCACCGUUCCUGGAGCUACGGGAACAUCUGGAGAUGGAUUGAGUGUAGCUACUGGAGUGUUGUUCUUUGGACUUCUAAUGGGUUUAUGUAUCGUUUUCUGGCAAAGAAUGCAUCAGAACAGGAAACUUCCAAUGGACGAAAACCCUGAAAAACAAACCAGCAACAUUCAGGCCAAGGAACAGCUUCCACAACAAAGGAGCACUGAGGAGCAGGAGCAGACAUGCGUCCUAAUUAACAGACAAAGCAGUAAAUCACCAGUAUCACCAACACCCCCUGACAUAGACGGCUGUCUGCAAGGCAAGAAAUCUUUGUAA